CUCUAGUAGCGACAUUUUUAAUCUGACGUUUGACUGAUUUUCUCUGCUGAAUUCGCUACCGGCAGAGAAAUUUUCUUCUGCUGUAGAAGAAUUUCUUAGUCCUACAAUAUCUGUAUGUUUCCAUAAACAUGGAAAACGAUAUAUUGGAUUCAUUAAACGAUUUGGGGUAUGAAGGCCCUCUCACGGAAGAGGCAGCCUUCGCCAAAGCCCUGGAUGGUGGCCCGAAGUCGUUGGACUUCACAAAACUCGUUCACAUUUUGGCGGAAGAGAUUAAAAAGUUGUGCAAUUUGGAGGAGACGGUCAACAUGAUGAAUGAUCCCGAUGAAUCUAGUUCCUUCCUACUUGAGCUUAGUUCCUUUUUAAAGGAGCUCAAGUGUCCAUAUAAGAAAUUAGUUACAGGUCACAUGUCUUCCCGUCUGCAAACGAAAGAGGAUCGGCUUUUAUUGUUAGACUAUUUAAUAUCGGAGCUGAUGGCUGCCAGAAUGGUCAAUGUAGACGGUCCCAAAGAAAAGCAGGGGGCCGGCAUGGAAAUUGUUGUUCAAGAAUCACCGACUGCUAGAGACCUAAAGAACAUUCUGAUAGCAUUGAAGUUCAACAAACCACCUCCUAACAUUACAGCGGAAAUGUUAUUCUCCAAACUCGAAGCUAAACUCAAGGAUACCAUACAGAAAGAAGGUAACCAGUUGGUUGGGAAACCCCUAUACAACAAGGCUCUCUCGGAGAAAGAAUGGAAGCAACUCGAGAAUGCCUUCACCGAAAUGUUUGAGGAGUAUCGGCUGAGGAGGGAAACACUCAUUACUCGUUUAGAGUGCACCAUACAGAGUUUUGAGUGGUCGGACCGUCUCAAAACGAAGAGAGAUAUAAUUCAGUCAACGUACCGUCCCAAAAGGGAGACUUUGAAAGUCAAACCUGAUGUCAAGCUGGCCGACUUCCUAGCAGCUAGGACCUCACUGUUGCAAGUGGAAAAAACUUCGAGCGCAUCCGUACGGAAGAAUACUCAAACUGAUGUCAACAAAGUUAUUAUUGGUCGGGUACCAGAUAGAGGAGGCAGGCCCAAUGAACAACAGCCCCCACCACCAGAAAUGCCUUCCUGGCAACAGAGAAAUGCUGGAGGCGGCGGAGGUGGUAGAGGUGGUAGGGGUGGCGGCGGUGGAGGUGGCAACUACAACUCUAACUCAAACUUCAAUAACUCUAGUUCCAACUUUAGCAACUCUGGCCCGAGUGGAGGGGGAGGAGGACAGGGAGGUCAUGGAGGGCGCGGGGGACGAGGCGGCCGCGGAGGACGAGUGCAGGGCGGAUAUAGCCAGGGGGCUGGAGACCACGGCAGGUCUCAACAGAACAGAAACUACCAGACGUACGAGGUUCCUCCGGGUGGUUACAGCAACCAGAACCAGUACAGCCAUGCUCAGACGUAUGAACCAGACCAGAACUACAACCAACAUAACCAGGGCUACAGCGGUUAUGGCCAAGGUGGUUACGACAGCAUGGGCAGUUAUAACCAGGGGUAUCAAGGUGGCGGCGGCGGCGGUGGCUACAAGAAACCUUACCAAAACAAUCAAGGCUACCAACAUAACCAAGGGUACCAGGCCAACCAGGGCUACCAGUCCAACCAGGGCUAUCAAGGCAGAGGAGGGUAUCAGAAUGAACACGACGAUAGAGACCGCCGUGGUCGGGGAGGCUACAGAGGCGGGAGACGUUGAUCUACAUAGGAAAGUAGUGUCAGCGUAUUACUGUACUCAGCGCAAAGGGCGAAGAUAUGGGCAGAUUAGUCAUUUCAGAUAUCAAUCAAUAUGUCCUGGUUUCCUGAAGAUGUUUUUCUUUAUUGCCGUAUAAUUUAUAUUAUUAAUUAAUGUUAUCUCUCAUUCUUUCACUUCUUUAUUUGUAAUAACUAAAGGAUUUAUUUAGUGCUGAUUUUUCAAUAGUCUCAUAAAUGUUAUCUGACUGUCACUGUCUUAUACAAACAUUCUGACGCGACAGCAUCAUAAUUAUUUCCCAGAUUACUUUUAUCUAAUCAUUGAAAAAUUAGCCCUUUAUUAACAAAAUUCAAUUCGAUACUGUGUGUUGUUCGCUAUAGAAUACAUUUUAAAGUACUCGAAACCUUUAAGUAAUUAAUUGCAAUACUUAUAUUAAUUUAACAUUGACAAUGUUAUUAAUAAGCUUAUAUUUUAUUUUAUUAUUUAUUAUUGUAAUGCAAGUCUCG